UCCAUUGCCACGUUUGUGGCUUCCCGAAGUCCUAAGUCAGUUCAAAAUUGUAGUCAUGGCGUUAGGUGUGGCGAUAUGUGGUGCUUGGUAUUAUACAAUUCUUUCUGGAUUUUAUGUCCUUUAUUGUCCCGUCAUGUACUUAAUGUUUAUUAAUCAUAGCUUGUACAGAAAAGUUGUCGAUGUUUUGUUUUCACUAUGGGAACUCUACCCCGUGGCUCUAUUUCAGUGGUGUUAUCAUACUCGUAUACGUUGCUUUGGCGAUUACGUCAAUCCAAAUGAAAAUACAAUAAUAAUUAUGAAUCAUCGAACUCGUGUGGAUUGGAACUACACUUGGCUCGCUCUAUACCAUGCCACUAAACCAACUGACCAAAGAGUUAAGAAUAUUGAAAAUAGAGACAGUAACGAUAUAUUUGAUAUUAUUUGUGGUGGUAAAUCAAGAACUAAAUUUGUUCUAAAAGAUGAAAUAAAAAUUGUACCUGGUAUGGGUUGGAUAAUGCAAUUAAAUUAUUUCCUGUAUGUAAAACGCAACUGGCAAGAGGAUCAAGUGAAUUUAUCACAAUUUGUUGAUUAUUACAAUAAGUAUGAGUGUAGGAACCGCAUCGUACUUUUCCCGGAGGGCACUGACCUUAGCGAUGAUAACAAACGUCGCAGCAGAAAAUUUGCUGAAGCUAAUAAUUUACAGUGUUACGAGUACGUGCUGCAUCCACGCACUAAGGGCUGGGUAGCCCUCUGUUCUCGGCUGCGCAGCUCCGGUCUCACCUCCGUGUAUGACGUCACUGUAGCCUAUGACAACCCGGCAAAUGAACUCGAUCUAAUACGUGGAAAAUUACCUCAGGAAGUUUUCUUUCAAUUCAAACGGUAUUCCAUAGAAGAAAUCCCUAUAAAUGAAGAAGAGAUCAAGACUUGGUUAAAUGAACGUUGGCAGAAUAAAGAGAACAGUCUCAGAAAAUUUCAUUCGAAUGGUGUGUUUAUUGACGCCCUAACGGGCAAUACGCCUAUGGAAUACGCAGCAAGAUCUCUGAAAAAAGCCAAAUUGUGUUUCGUAUUUUGGACAUUAAUUGAUAUAUUUUUCUUUUACAAUAUUUUGAGCAGUGUUUUAUUUCAGUUCUGGGUCGUUUAUCAUAGUUUUCUUUUCAUAUUUGUUACUUGGUAUUUUGGCGGCUUUCAAAACAUUCAGUACAAAAUUUUAGAAUAAAAAUAAUUUGUAACUAUAGUAGUUGCAACUUUGAUUAUUUAAGUAUUUUUAAGAUUUUUCCACUUUAGCU